CCAAUCCCUUCUUCUCUUGGAAACUUGACACUCUUGAUUGAGCUCUCUUUAGGUGAUAAUCGCUUGCAAGGAAGAAUACCUUCAAGUCUUGGAAACUUGACACUCUUGAAUGCUCUCGCUUUAAAUGAUAAUCGCUUGCAAGGAAGAAUGCCUUCAGGUCUUGCAAGAUGCAAAUAUAUGUUAUUCUUGGACAUAAUCGCUUGCAAGGAAGAAUGCCUUCAGGUCUUGCAAGAUGCAAAUAUAUGUUAUUCUUGGACAUUUCUAGUAACAGUUUCAAUGGUAUCAUCCCCAAAGAGAUAUUUUAUCUCUACACGUUAGUAGAGCUAAACUUGAGUAGAAAUUCUUUCUCAGAUUAUCUACCUCCGGAAGUGGGUCGACUGAUCAAUCUUGAAAUCCUAGAUGUUUCUGAGAACAUGUUGUCUGGUGAAAUCCCUCACACCCUUGGUGCUUGUACAAGCCUAGUGAAACUUUUUAUGAGGGGUAACUUAUUUGAAGGAUCUAUUCCUUUGUCUCUCAAUUCCCUAAAAGGUCUUUAGGUUUUAGAUCUAUCACACAACAAUUUCUCUGGGUUUAUCCCAAAAUAUUUGGAUACAUUUAAGUUUUUACAAAACUUAAAUUUAGCAUUUAAUCAUUUGGAAGGUGAGGUAUCAACAGAUGGAGUCUUUGGGAAUUUGAGUGCAAUUUCAAUAAUCGGAAACAAUAAGCUUUGUGGAGGUAUACCAGAACUUCAUUUGCUAGCAUGCCAAACACAAAAGCUAAAAGAUGGCAAACCUCAUGUUUUCGAGUUGAUAGUCAUCAUAUGUAGCUGUGGGGGCUUUCUAUGUUUGACUGUUAUGAUUUUUUUGCUCAUUAUUUGGCGGAGAAAAAAAGAGAAGAAAGAAUCUACUUCAUUUUUUAUAGAGGGUCGUCAUUUUAAGAUCUCUUAUGCCCAACUCCUUAAAGCUACCAAUGGAUUUUCUUUUGCAAAUUUGAUUGGAGUGGGAAGUUUUGGUUCUGUGUACAAAGGAGUUCUCAAUCAUGGGGAAACUAUUGUUGCAGUAAAGGUCCUCAACAUUCAACAAAGAGGUGCUUCCAAAAGUUUCAUGGUUGAAUGUGAAUCCCUUAGAAACAUCCGGCAUCGUAAUCUUGUAAGAAUCUUAACAUCUUGCUCAAGUAUAGAUUUUGAAGGCAAUGAUUUUAAGGCUUUAGUAUAUGAGUUCAUGCCCAAUGGAAAUUUGGAGAGGUGGUUACAUCCACAUGCAAAUGGUAUACAAGAUGAACAAAGGCAUUUAAACCUUAUUCAAAGAUUGAGUAUUGCCAUUGAUAUAGCAACAGCAUUGGAUUAUCUUCACCACCAUUGUCCUACGCAGAUUGUUCACUGUGAUCUAAAGCCCAGCAAUAUUCUUCUCGAUAAUGACUUGACUGCACAUUUGAGUGAUUUCGGAAUAUCAAGAAUUCUUUCAAAAGCCACAAGUUGUUCUCAAAAUCACACUAGCUCAAUUGGAAUAAAGGGAUCUAUUGGAUACAUUCCACCAGAGUAUGGUGCAGGUGUUGAUGUUUCACCGCAUGGUGAUAUCUAUAGUUAUGGGAUUCUUUUGUUAGAGAUGUUCACAGGGAAGCGACCUACUCAUGAAAUGUUCAAAGAUGACUUUAAUCUUCAUUGUUGGGCGGAGAUGGCUUUGCGUGAUGGAAUGAUGGCUGUCAUUGACCCAUCACUUCUCUCCUUGGAAGAAGAUGAAGAAAAGGAAGCAACAACUAUAACCAAUAUCACUGGAAGUCGAAGGUGCAUGCAGGAUAGAGUGCAAGAGUGCCUUAAUUCAAUUAUUAGAAUUGGAGUUGUUUGCUCAGCUGAAUCACCAUGGGAUCGAAUGGACAUAAAUGAUGUGGUCAAGGAGUUACAUCUAAUCAGGGUCAUUUAUCUUGGAGUUGGCACUCACCGAGGAAGAUGAACUAUAAUAAGAGCUAUGAACUGUGGCUAGGGCUGCGUCUCCCAUGGAUGUUGAGAAGCUAGACAACUGAAAGUACAAAGACAGAUUGAAAGCGGCUAGCACAUUGGCUACAUCAAGAAUAAUUUCAAUAAUGACCAAAGGAUCUUUUUCCUCCCUUGCUAAAUAUCAUGGAGUAAUCUACAAUAUUACAUGAGCGUGUUUUUAAGUAUGUUCCAUGAGAAAAUAAUUGGGAGGCUCAGGCAUUAUGUUUUGGCUACAGUUGUACUUGUGAAGGGAGUGUGUGUUGUAGAUAUAGUUUUUCAAGUGUACAUUUGUUUUUAAUGUCCUAUGAGGCAACAGUUGUAAUAGGAGUU